AGUUAACUUUAUAGAAAGGAAGGAAGAAAGAAAAACAAUACAGUAUUAUGUAGAUUAUAUGAAACAUAUAGAUUGCGAAGUAUAAACGCUUACCCACGAAGAAAAAAAAAUAAGACUGACAAAAAAUUAAGUUCAGCUAAAACAAAUAAAUCAUGAAAAUCAGGUUUUAUUUGAGAGAAAUAUAAAGUGAAAUAUGUGCUAUAAUGUUUUCUUCUUUACGGCCGUGCCUAACGUAAUAUAAAACAUUGGAAGGACAAUUUGUAUAGUAUACACAAGAAAACGAAACAGGUUAUUUGUUUAUCCAUUUUUUCUUCACAUUUACAAUAAUUUCGUAUAUCGCUUUGCUGAAAAUGUUGAUGUUCUAAUACCAACACAAAUUCCUCAAUCGUAUUAUUACUAUGCUUCCAAGAAAUACAAAAAAAUAUUGGAAUGUCAAUGGACAAAAUGUAAAUUUAAAUAUUUUUAAUUCUAAUCAAUCAACAAAUUGUGUACCGUCCAAAAUAAAUACUUCAUAUAAUUCCGAAAAUACAGAAGUUAACUCAAACAACGCAGUGAACAGGGAAUCUAAGUAUGGUUAUGAUUAUACAGAAUUUGAAUCGCAGCAUUAUAGAAAUUCUCAACAAAAUUCGUUAUCUGCAUCACUAACGGCAGAGGAACCUAACCAAUAUAGAUUACAACAUUCUAAUGAGCUUGCAGUUAGUAAAGACACGGAAUCAAGCAUUGAUCGGGAAAAUUAUCUACUAUUCAAUGAUUCAAUUUUCAAAAACCCAGGAUUUUAUAAACCAAUCAAGGAUUUUGAGGAAACAUCCAAUGCACCUAAAGGUAUUGAAUCUACAAAUUCAGAUCAUUCUAAAAUGGUGAGCCCUUCAAAUAAUCAAUCAAAUCAAUCCUCUUUUGCUUUCAAUAAUUAUGAAGACGAGUAUAGUCGACCACAAGCCACAACUUCAUACUCCUAUCCAGAAGAACAAAGUUCAAUUAGGACUCUGUCACUCAACUUGAUAGGUGCUGCAAGUGCAUAUGAUUCCCAAACUUUGCAAUGCCAACAAUAUAGUCAUGGGAGUAAUAAAUCGAAUCAAUCGUCAUUUGCGAAUGGGAUAUUUUUGGAAGAAACUACUUAUGAUCAUCUAAAAACUAUGAGAGGACUUGAAGUUACUAAUUCCCAAACUGCUACAUCCAAAGAACCUACUAUGCAUUACGAACAAGAUUGGACAACUCAGACAUAUUCUAAUUAUACGUCUGAAGUUCCAGAACAACAAAGAACUGAAAAUGAUUACAAAGAAAAGAAGUUUCAAAGAGAAACCGGUUAUAAACGGGAAUAUCAAUUUGAGAAGUUAUUACGAGAAAAAAAUGAAGCCUUAGGUGAACAUACGUCAUUAUUAGAGAAGAAACGCAAAAGUAAUAAGUUAUUCCAAAAAAAUGUACUAGCACCUAUACCAUCUGAAAAACAAAAAGUUCCCAGGAAAAGAAAUACUGAGAAUACGAGGAAAAGACGCUCCAAAGUUAAAGAAUCUGACAUAGUGAGUAACACUGCAGGCACAAUAGAUAACAUACAAGAAAAUGUAGUCGCUUCUUCAUUUAAUAAUAAUGUUAUGAGGAACCAACAGCUAUAUAAGUCGGUACAGCCAAGUGGACCUCCAAUGAUGGUGUCAUCUGGUUUUAAUUUUAAUUAUUCUGUGGCUCCAAACAACAUUUAUGUUAAUCCUUACGAGCAACAAACAAUUUACUCAAGUCACAUGGCUCAUCAACGGAAUACAGUAGGACAGGCUGUGUUAUCGUCUGCAACAGAAGCGAAUUCGGUACAAACCUGGCCAAGAAUGUCCUAUAUGAAUACUUAUUAUGGACAUCCAAUAAAUCCAGGUUUAUAUCCGCAUGGCUAUCUAUCGAACUAUUUACCGCAUGAAUAUAGACGUGGUUAUCCUGAUACACAAACAAGUGAAUAUAUUCAAGAAAAUGACGUCAACUUACGAGAGUAUAGAUGAAAAUCGAUGGUUUCGAAAAGUUAUUGUGGUGUUAUAGGAUCAUAUGGAUAAUGUAAUAAAUCCUGUAACAAAUCAAAUAAUUAUAUGAAAAAGAUUAAAUUUGUUUCCCGACAAGAAUUUGAACAAUAAAUAUCUAUUAUAUUCAUCUUGACGAUUUUUCAUUAGAGGAACAAGUUGGAUAUUUGAUAAUAAAUAUACCGAAGAUUAGAAA